UGCAUAGCCAACGCUGUCAGAAAAUAGAAAAAAAAACAACAAAAAACUAAAAAAUUACAAAAUUUUGCCCAAGUUUCAGAAUUUUAACAAAGUAUGGCACGUUUCGGCUUCAGAAAAAUUAUAAACCACUACAAAAACUCCAAGGAGCACAGAAGCCGAGCAACCGAACAGAAGUUUGACGCUCCGUCGAGUCAGGCAGAUCAGGAUGUUAGCUGUGGGGACGAGAUCGCCUCGGCAGCCACUGAGCUGGAGAUCGAAUCGUUGCCAAGCCAAGAGCACUUUUACGCCGAGGAUGCCGCAGAGCAGCAGCCAACAGCAGCCGAGCCACAAUUGCUGCUGGACGAUUUCACCUUGCCACCCAUGCGUAAAAGUACGAGAGAGUAUCGCCCCAACUUGAAUGUCAACCGAAGCAGAUCGCGCCGACCGAAACCCAUGAGGCAACAGAACGUACCGAGGCGCUCGUGUGCCAUUUGCAGAGAGCGAGAGGUCAAUGUGCGCUUGUCAGCCGAUGGAUGUAUUUGCGAUAGAUGCAAUUCGACGAUUCGUGCAACUUUUGAGAAUUUCAUGGAUAGAUCGCAGCGCUUUCAGUCGGGCCAACAGCACCAGGAGGAGGACAACCAAGGGGAGCAGCAGACACAGGCAGAUGAAGCUCAGCGCCGGCAGUCGACUCAAAGUCAACCGGGAGAGCCAAAGCACCUAGAUAAAGGACAGCAGGCAGGCAAUGGCCAGCACAGAGCACGGCAGCCGAUUAUUCCGAAGGAUGUGCCGCCCUUCAGCAUUGUUGUGCUGCAGGAUUGUGAUAAUAGCAAUCAACUCAUUGAGCAGCUGACAAGUGUUUUGUCUCAAAUCCUGCCGCAGCAAUUCAGAAAUGCCAGCACCAACAACAACACUGCCAGUUGCUGCCAAAGUAACGGCACUAAGAGGAGCAACUACAGCAACUACUACAAUGCGAGCAGCUACAGCAACAGGAACUUUGAGUACAACAACAACAGCAACAAUGGAUAUGGAAAUGAUUGCUCGAUUAAUCGCCCCCUAAGUCCAACGAAUACAUGCACUUGUUGUCCAUCGUCCUACUACAUGAAUGAACCAGCAGCUACUAGCAAUGCGUCGCCUUGGCAAUAUAGUUGUUUAUGUGAUAAUGAUGUGGCUGGAUCACAGCAAAGCAGCAAAGCAAUGGGCAGGAGCAACAAAGGCAAUAACAAAAGAAAAACUAGUGCCAAAAACAAUAAUAGGAAUAGGAUGAGCAAAGCUAACGGCAACGACGAUUGCGACUUUUUGGCAUAUGAGGACGAUGAUAGAAACGACUGUCGUGCCUGUGAUUGUGAUUCUUGUAAAAAGAGUCCCGAGAAUGAGAUGCUUCUCAAGCUCUUCGUACAGGUAAUGGAGAUGUUCAUAAACUCGACCAAACAUCGCGAGCAGCCCAGGAAAGACAACAAAUCGAAGAAGGGCAAAGAUGGAAACGCUAAAGAUGGCUCGAAAAAAGGCAAGAAAGGCAAAGACAAAUCGGAGGGUGAUAAGGAAAAGCCGGGAAAAGAUAAACAAGGCAAAUCAAAAGGUAAACAAAACGCUAACGGCAAUACUCAAAUUAAUAAUUCAAAUCGGAUUCUGCCCGAAUCGGAUAAACAGCACGCUAGAUGCAAUUGUCCGCCGGAGUGCAAGGCCAAACAACAGCAGUCCGGCUGUGGCCGACCCGAGGCAGUUAAAUUCAAGUGUGGCAAGUAUCUGGAUCGAGUGGAUGCAGGUGAUGCCACCAAAUGUGGCAAGGCUGCCUUUACAUCUGGCAACAGUGGCCAAGGGCAAACAGGCCUGCGGCCUGUGGCUCACUAUCGACCCGGCGUUCUGCAGUAUCCCAUCGGCUAUUUGCUCGCCAAGAAUGGCGAGUGCGUACGCCGUAGUCUGGUCCGUACAGCGGCGGGUGCCACACUACAUGAGCGGGUGUUCAGCGAAGUAUUUACUUCAUCCACGAAUCCAUAUCGCAAAGACCAUUCGAGGAAUGCCGCUCGCUGUCGUUCCGCACAGUUUUCGCGUUGAGUACACAGAUUACGCAUUGUGUAGAUCGUAUAUAGUAUCUGAUCCAUCUAUAUGGGAGUCUCCUUCCAUUUGGCAUUAUACCUAUAGGGAACAUAUAAUGCAUAAUUUGGCUCAGCUACGUUGUGGUUUAUAGUUACAAAAUUUCAAAAAAGGUAAACACAGAUUCCGUACAGAUCCGUAUAUGCUUCAGAUCCAUUAUUCUAUAUAUA